UUUUGUUUGUCAAACUGUUAAAUUACCGGGCACGGGCGAGUUAAUUUAGAUUUUAAAAUAAUCUUGUUUAAAAAUUGAAAAUAACUUAGAAACUAUGCCAUUUAAAGUGUGGUUUGGUUUACCGUUUUCAUAUUAAAUAUGGUGUUAUGAUAAACAAGAGGAUAACAAAUUUGCAACUAGUGAAAAUAAUCUAAGAACUAAAAAUAAUAGUACACUUUGCAAAGAAAGAAAUUACCAUGGAAUUGGGAAAUGAAAAUAUUGAUUUCAUUAAAUUAAUUAAUAUAAAGGGCUAUGUUGAUAAUAUUACACCCCAUAAAAUAGCUGUGGUGGCUUUUAUCAGAGAGUAUGGAUUAUUGAAAAUUGAAGCAAAAGACAUGAUUGAUUGUACCAUGGCACCUAAAUACAGAAAAGAUUUUUGUAUUUUGGCUUUAAAAUUAAUACAGUGUCCUGAUAUGGAGUUCAAAGAAAUGGAAGCACUACUUACAGAUGGACGAUAUAAUUUACUGAGUGUCCAUUUGCAGAAUUUUUGUGUCCGCCUUCAAAAUAUUUAUGUUAAUGGGAUCAAUGCUCUAACAGACUGUGUUACAUCUACCAUCGACAAGUUGAUGAUAGAUCAAAGUGAAACAAAUCCCUGUGUGAUAACCAGAUGCAGUGUUCUCGGUUUUUAUUUACGACGAAUAAUGCUGUAUUUAGAUAAACUUUCAUUUGUGCAAGUUGCCUCACUGUACAAAGCGUUUUGCAUAUACUAUCAAAAAGGAACACCUGGUUUGAUGAUGAGAUCCCUAAGCAAAGAGAAAUUGAACAAUGUAGAGGGACAAGCAUCAACAUCUCACGCAGCAUCUGAAGAAGCUAAGCAGCAAGAGCUAUUUAUUAAAAUUAACAUUUUUGACAGAGAUAACAGUUUUGAAGAAUGCCAAUGGUCCAGGAAACAGGCGGAACUGUUUACAGCGCAACAAGCUAAUUUAUUGCAAAUUAAUGAAAAAAAAGCUAUGCAACCCAAACAGUUGCAAAAAACAAUCAUGCAAAUUAUAAAUGAUUUGCCAGAAUAUCCUGAUAUUCAUUUCCUAAGUUUUUUGAAUUGUAUCAGGAUGAAAGAGUUCAGUGGUGCACAGGAUUCUCUAUACAAUUGUUUCGAUCGAGCCGUGUUUAACAUGUGUGGCAACGGGAACGUGUCUAAUGACAGAAAUAAGAACUUCCGCUAUGCGGCGCUCAAUCGAGCGGCCAUGCAUACUCAGUUUGGUCACAAGUCGGUGGCGAUGGAGGGCGUGCGCGAGGCGCUGGCGGUGGCGCAGGAGGCGGCGGACGGCGCGUGCCUGGCGCACGCGGCGGCGUGGGGCGCGCUGGCAGGCGGGCGCGCGCGCCGCGCCGCGCUGCUGGCCCGCGUGCCGCGCCCGCCGCGCGCCGCCGCCGCCGCCGUGCAGCUCAUGGCGCAGCACGCCGCCGUCAACGCCGCGCGCCCCGCCGACGUCUUCCAGAUUAUUACCAAAGGAGAUUCUAUAAAUUAUCUCCACUCCAUGACUGAUUUGACUAUGGCGGGUCUGUCGAACACGGCUGCUCUGUGGGGCCUCUAUGGAAAGACUGAAAUGGCGUCUGUCAAUUGCCAGCUCCUACUUAAUUUAAACACAAAAUGUAACGUGGGCAACGGUAGCGUUUGGCAGUGGUCGGAGGGCGUGGGCGCGUCGGGUCCUAUGGGCGCGGCGGGCGCGGGCGCAUUGUGCGCAGCGGCGUGGCGCGGCCGAACCCACCUAGCUACCGCACUCGCCGCUCUGUUCGUGGCCCCACAGGUUCGCUCCGCUAUCGCCAAACACCAAGCCUCUGCUGCGCUCAGAGCUGCAAAAUGGGAAGAAGCAGAUCAAUACAUACGCCAAUUGGCGUCAUACGAUCGAUGGGAGAGUCAACUUUUAAAAGCAGAAAUGUAUUUCCUGAAAGGGGACGCAACCGACGCUCUGGAGGCUUUACACGAUAUUCUGGACUAUUGCAAAACAGAAGACGAUAGUCUACAUUUCAUGACCUUGAGGUUGAAAGCCAUGAUAAUGAUGUCAGAGGUCCAACACACGUUCAGCACCAUCCGGUCUACCAAUAUAAUGUUGUUGAAUGAAGCUUUAUCACUAGCGAGGAAGUACCAUCUGCAUUACCUCGCGGCUACGGCGGAAAUGCACAUAGCCAAUGUCCAGCUUCAUAUGGGCUGUACGAAAAAUGCUUUGGCUCUGGUGAGGAAGGUGUUGCCUUUGAUUAUGGAGCAUGGAAGCAUCUACGAUUUGGCGAGAGGUACUCUUCUGUACACAAAAUGUCGGGUAGCGACGGCCCCGCCGGCGGGCGAGGCGCGCGCCCAGGUGAUGCAGUCGUGCUGUGAAGCUCUCGACACUGUCAAGGAGAACUUUUCCAAGGUCGGGGCUCAAGCGCGGCUUUUGCACACGUGGUAUUUACAGGCACAACUUUACAAUGACAUUGGCAACACUAUAGCUAGGAAUCACUGUGCAUGGAUGUACAGACAACUUGAGACACAACAUCCAGCCGAACCAUUUAAUAUGUUGCACAUUAUGUAUUAAGAAUAUUAAAUUACUAUUUAUAAAUAUA